CCUAGCAUCUCUCUUUCACAAUCAUACAUGGGAAAAAUAAAGUUUUUUCUUCAAGAAGCUUUGACCCCACAUUCACAAAAUACAUAUACUACAUAGGAAACCACUCAAUACACAUAUAUUACCUUUGUAUCACAUAUUCACAUCCACCCUUUUUUAGCCCUAUGACCCCUUUCUUGCCAAUUUUUUGAUGCAUACAGUAUUUCAAGCUCUAUUAAUUAUCUUUCUAUUGGUUAAUCUGUCUUUUUUUGCUCUCACUAGAGGGUCUUUUUGGUCUUGUUUGGUGCAGAUAUUACAUCCCUAGUGGUUUUCAACCGUACCCAUGUGUAAAGUCAUUGAUUAUACUGGAAAUGGUGCUUUCUUCCCUUGUGGAGCUUCAUACCCAAAACCCAAAAACUCAUUUUCAUCAAUUGGGAAAAAUGUGGAUGUAUAUUUUCCUUCUCGCAAGAGGAUUCGUGUCACUGCCCCUUCUGUUGCCACUUGUGAAAGUUUUGAGCAGAAGAAGCAGCCUUCCAUUGAAGUCCUUCCUGAUGAAUGCCUCUUUGAGGUUUUCAGACGUCUUUCCAGUGGCCAAGAAAGAAGUGCAUGUGCUUGUGUUUCCAAGCGCUGGCUUACACUUUUAAGCAGCAUCCGCAGGGAUGAAACAUUUGCAUCCAAGUCCAAUGUGUCUUCAGAAUCUAAUGGUGUAGAAGGUGAGGCUGAAACUCAAGAUAUUGAAGGAGAGGGAUAUCUUACCAGGCGCCUUGAUGGCAAGAAAGCCACAGAUGUCAGACUUGCUGCUAUUGCCAUUGGAACUGCAAGCCAUGGAGGUUUAGGAAAGCUCUCUAUUCGAGGAAACAACCCUUGUCGUGGUGUGACCGAUGCUGGUCUCAAGGCUGUCGCUCGAGGUUCCCCUUCUCUCAGAGAUCUUUCCUUGUGGAAUGUGCCUUCUCUUGGUGAUGAAGGCUUAUCUGAGAUUGCUCAUGGGUGUCAUCUGUUAGAGAAGCUUGAUCUUUGCCAAUGCCCGGCAAUUACUGACAAGUCUUUGUUGGAUAUCGCAAAGAACUGCCCUAAUCUGACCUCUCUAACAAUAGAUUCUUGUUCAAACAUUGGGAAUGAGUCUCUCCUAGCUGUCGGUCAAUACUGCCCCAACCUGAAGGUUAUUGCAGUCAAAAACUGUCCACUGAUUGGGGAUCAAGGAAUUGCAGGUCUCUUUUCUUCAGCUGGUCAUGCUUUAACAAAAGUAAAGCUCCAGGCACUAAACAUCAGCGAUGUUUCUCUUGCUGUUAUUGGACAUUAUGGCAUUGCAAUGACUGACUUAACUCUUGGUGGUCUUCAAAGCGUAAAUGAGAGGGGUUUCUGGGUUAUGGGCAAUGGUCAGGGUUUGCAGAAGCUAAAGUCCCUUACAAUAAGUGCUUGCAAUGGAGUCAGUGAUUUGGGUCUUGAAGCUCUCUGUAAAGGUUGCCCAAAUCUGAAGCUGUUUUGCCUCCAAAAAUGCGCUGUCCGUUUGGAUAAUGGAUUGGUUGCUUUCGUCAAAGCUUCAGUCUCACUCGAGAACCUUCAGUUAGAGGAAUGCCACAGGAUUACCCAGGCUGGGUUUUUUGGUAUACUUUUGAACUGUGGUAAGAAACUGAAGGCUCUUUCCCUGGUGAACUGCUUUGGUGUGAAAGACUAUACCUAUGCAUGUCCGUUAGUGGCUCCUUGCAACUCGCUGCAAUCUUUGGCUAUUCGCAACUGCCCUAGAGUAGGCAAUGCUACCGUUGCCAUAGUAGGUAAACUGUGUCCAAAACUGACUCAUCUGGAGCUGAGUGGGCUUCUUGGUAUAACCGAUGAGGGGCUCUUCCCUCUUGUUCAGAGCUGUGUAGCUAGUUUGGUGGAGGUGAAUUUAAGCGGAUGUGUCAAUGUUACUGACAAAUCAGUUUCAGCCAUAGCUGAGCUGCACGGGGGAACUCUGGAGUCUCUGAUCAUAGAUGGUUGCAGACAAGUUACUGAUGCAACCUUGCUAGAAAUUUCAAAAUCUUGCUGGUUGCUUGAUGAACUCGAUGUUUCAAAGUGUGGAAUCACCGAUUCAGGGAUUGCAACUUUGGCCGGUGCUGUACAGCUCAGUUUGCGGGUCCUCUCACUGUCCGGUUGCCAUUUGGUAUCGGACAAAAGCUUACCUUUCUUGCACGAGUUGGGUCAGAACCUUCAGGGAUUGAACAUACAGCACUGUCACGGAAUCAGCUCUAUUACUGUUGACGUGCUUGUAGAGCAACUCUGGAGGUGUGAUAUACUUUCCUAAGCAGGUUGUGACUGAGAAUCCGUGUGAUAUACUUUCUUCUGGUAGCUGCAGUAUGCAGUUUUUUUGGUCCAGCAUCUCGAGUCUCCUUCUGUUCCAGUAUCCUGGCUACUUUUUCCGGUGAAUAUGGCUGGGUCUUUUUUUGCAUCUUCUACAAUGAAGCUGUUAUCAGGAUUUUUGGCUCCCGUUUAAUGGGAAGUCCGAUCCUAUUCUUCCAGUCAUACUUCUCUGAGAAUACAUAUGCUGGGUUUUUGGAUGGAGAGAGCUCAUAUAUGGUCCUAGCUCCCUUUACCAGUAGUUUUUAGCUUCUACCCUUCCAUCGAUUAGCAAAUCGUGCUACAAUAGAAGCUUUUUUUCAGAAAUAUAGUCUCUUUAAGUUUUUACCAGUCUUCCAUGAUGUUCAAUGUUAGUGUUCUGCUUGUGAUGGUUUGGUCAUGUCAGGCUUUUGAAUCGUCUGUAAGGUUGCUUGUGGCAGUUCUAUGGUUUAGUGCCUCGUCUUCGUGGGCUUUGGCUAUUACAACCCUUUGGGUUGUUUUUUCUUUUCACCAAGCUCUAGUUUUGCAGGCCUCUCUUGUUCAUGAACUGCCCCAUGCUAGUAUGCAACCUACGUAUUUUAUGUCUUCUUAGUAUAAAAAUAUCAAUGGAAAAUGAAAAAAAAAAAAAUCUGAUUAUAAUUCUGGCA